AUUAUGCUACUGCUAGGCUAACAUGUCAGAAGGCAGUUCCGGUAAGUGAAAAUCUAUUUUUGACAAGUUUGUCAAUGUUCCCGGUUCACUGAUGGAUGGUUCGUUUUGUUCUUCUGUCAUACCUGCAUGUGAAGGAUGGAAACAGCCUUAGUAUGUGCAAGUUACUCUAAACGAUGGAUGUUUCACUAAUGUUACUGGUGUCAUUUCUCUGUAUAUUGAAUCCUGUUCAUUCAGAUCAUUGCAAACUAAAGUGUGAAAAUGGCGGAAGUCCUAACAAUGUCUGUAAGAAGUGUAACUGCAUUGGAAAUUGGAAAGGAAGUACAUGUGAAGAAUGUGGAGCAACUUGUUUGAAUGGUGGUACACCACUUGUAACGUGCUCUGGAUGCAUAUGCCGUUCAAUAUUCAAAGGACCCAGAUGCGGUGAGUCUGAGGAUGAGGAAUCUUCUGGUCCUGAUUGGUUAUUGAUCGUUAUAAUCUGUAUUGGGUGUCUUGUCUUCCUCAUGUUGAUCAUCAUCGGCAUCAUAUGUUGGAGAAGACGUCGACAACAAGCUACAGACGGGCAGACCAAUAUACAAUUUGAAGAUGCAGGGCCUGACGCCCUGGGUCACAGCAGAGAGGACACACGUCCGGACCACACUCCAAAGCCUGACGCCCUGGGUCACAGCAGAGAGGACACACGUCCGGACUACACUCCCAAGCCUCAUGCCCUGGGUCACAGCACAGAGGACACAAGUCCGGAUCACACUCCCAAGCCUCAUGCCCUGGGUCACAGCACAGAGGACACAAGUCCGGAUCACACUCCCAAGCCUCAUGCCCUGGGUCACAGCACAGAGGACACAAGUCCGGAUCACACUCCCAAGCCUCAUGCCCUGGGUCACAGCACAGAGGACACAAGUCCGGAUCACACUCCCAAGCCUCAUGCCCUGGGUCACAGCACAGAGGACACAAGUCCGGAUCACACUCCCAAGUUGUCUUCCAUGAAACGGCGGAGGUCCUCAAAGAGUCCGAGUCAUAAAUCCUCAAAGAGUCAUAGAGACAAGUCCUCAGAAAGACAGUAUCAUAAAUCCCCGGAGUGACGCUGACACAAAUCAUCGGACGAACAGUGAAAAAGAGAUACUGUCCUCAGGUGUCAAUCACGUGUUAGUUUAUUCAUUAUUUGUUGAUGUUCUGUAAUGGAAAUUUAAUGGAGAGGUGUAAAUAAAGUGUAAAAAAAGAA